UGUCACACAGGCAGAGAUACGAUAUCUGGUGCUGUCAUGUGUUACGUGUUUUAUUAGUUAACAACGAUAUCAACAUGAAAUUUAUACUGGUUCUGUGCGUUUUAACCACAGUUUUCUGCAAUGAGGUCGAGGAACCUCACUGCUCUCUGAUUUGUCCCCGCAUCUACCGACCGGUCUGUGGAACCAAUUACGUGACGUACAGUAACGAGUGCACGAUGAAAGGACAGCUCUGUCUGGCCGGGCUGUCGGAGGUGGUGAAAGUUCUACACCAGGGGCCUUGCAACUCCAACAUCAAAGGAUGAACUAGUUUAACAGGACAUUUGUGUAUUAGGGUUUAGCAAUAAAUCAGUCUACCGACA